GUCAUGGCGCUCGGACGCAGGAACUCGCUUCUCCUGAUUUUCUUUGCUUUCUUCAAAAAUUAAUCUACCUGAAUCUCUCGGACUCGGAUUUUUUGCUCUUUCAACUGAACGACUUAAAAGCGAAGACCCAUUCCUUGCUUUGAUACACCGGUCUGCACGUGUAAACUUGUGUCCAACUGGACGAUCAAGAUUUCCCUUUUCCAAAACGAAUUCACUAGUUUGGGGAACUCGGGAAAGAAACACUUCUGGAAGAAGAGGAGGAGUGAGAAGGGGCCCUUAUUUAAGUGAAUGCUAGAGACAUGACCAUGACUGCGGCAUGGGAGUGACGUGACACCCUCAUUCAACUUUCCCUCCAAACAACAAAAUAUCCACACACCCACACCAUGCCCUACUCUCUUCAGAGAGCUACAACUGAGUGAAUGAACGACCACACUGAGAAAGAUUGUGCGAGUGUGAAAAUGGACGAAUCUGCGCUCCUGGACCUGUUGGAGUGCCCGGUUUGUCUGGAGCGUUUGGAUGCCACAGCGAAGGUGUUACCGUGCCAACACACAUUUUGCCGAAGAUGCCUGCUUGGGAUUGUGGGGUCACGUGGAGAACUGCGCUGCCCAGAGUGCCGCACGCUAGUGGAGAGUGGUGUGGAUGAGUUGCCUAGUAACAUCCUCCUGGUACGGCUGUUGGACGGGAUCAAGCAGAGGCCCAGGAGGACGGGAAAUGGGCAUGGCGCGUGCACUAAUGGAUCAGCAGGGGCGGGAGUCCGGGCACAGGGCGCGGGAGGAGGCCAGAGAGAACCAGGGCUCCCUGGGGCACAAUCUCAGAGGGUCCAGGCCAAGAGCACUCCAGUGAGGGGAGUGCCACAGCUACCCUGUGCCAAGGCCUUAUAUAACUAUAAUGGAAAGGAACCUGGAGACCUCAAGUUCAGCAAGGGUGACAUCGUCAUCCUUCGCCGACAGGUGGAUGAAAACUGGUACCAUGGAGAGAUGGGUGGAGUCCAUGGAUUCUUCCCCACUAACUUUGUCCAGGUCAUCAAACCGCUUCCACAGCCGCCACCGCAGUGCAAGGCACUGUACGACUUUGAACUCAAAGACAAGGAGGCUGACAAAGACUGCUUGCCAUUCUCAAAGGAUGAUAUUCUCACUGUGAUUCGUCGUGUGGAUGAGAAUUGGGCUGAAGGGAUGCUCGCAGAUAAGAUUGGAAUCUUCCCCAUCUCUUACGUAGAGUUCAACAGUGCAGCACGUCAACUCAUAGAACUGGACAAGCCAUCAGAAGAUGGAGGAGACUCCAGUGAUGGGCCCUGUUCCUCGGGCCCCCAGGCCAACGGCUCCCAGAAGGCCGCUGGAGAGAAAAAGAACAGUAAAAAGCGGCACUCCUUCACCUCCCUGACUAUGUCCCAUAAGCCCUGUCUGGCCCCUCCUCCCCAGAGACACUCCAUGGAGAUCAGCGGUCCAGUUCUGAUCAGCUCCUCCAACCCCACAGCAGCGGCCCGAAUCGGAGAGCUCAGCGGAGGUCUGUCCUCCAGUGCACCUUCACAGGUUCACAUUUUCACAACAGGACUCAUUGUUACUCCUCCACCUAGUAGUCCUGUCACCACAGCGACAGUUUUCACCUUUCCACCAGAGACCAGCUAUGCAUCAAUUCCAGUGGAGGCUCUUCCCCCUCCUCCACCCCCUCCACCUCAGUCACAGCCUUCAGCUGUGGCCUCUGCCACCUUGACUGCUGGUCAAAGACCAUCACCCACUGCAGGUGACCAGAGUGGGCGUCAAAGACCCACAGUGUAUGUAGCAAUGUUUCCAUAUACACCCCGUAAGGAAGAUGAGUUGGAACUGCGUAAAGGGGAAAUGUUUCUGGUGUUGGAGCGCUGUCAGGACGGCUGGUUUAAAGGAACAUCCAUGCACACCGGCAAGAUUGGAGUGUUUCCUGGUAACUACAUGAGUCCUGUCAGCAGGAAUGUUUCUGGCAGCAGUCAGCCAAAAGUUCCCCUGACUCUGUGCUCCCAGGCUGGACGUGGUGUCACCAUUGUUAGCCCCUCCUCUGUUCCUCUCGGGGCCGCUGUAGGGAGUGCUGACCCCAAUAAACCCCUCCCAGUCUGCCCAAAUGCCACCCCAUCUUGCCCACUGCCUGCUGCUCUAGUAACAGCCGCACAUAUACCCACUGGACAGCACCCCAACGUGCUUAUGCAUGCUAAUUCACAGAUGACCGUCAAUCAGGCACGCAGUGCAGUCAGGACAGCUGUGUGUCAUAGUCAGGAUCGGCCUACAGCAGCAGUGAUGCCCAUCCAGUCCCACAAUCCUGUGGCCUACCUUUCUAACUCAGCAGUGUGUCUUCAGCCAUCACCUGUCCUCGGCUCCAGCCCUGGAUCCUCCUCAUCCAGAGUGGGUGUGGCAAUGGGCUGUGCAGCUGCCUCCUUGACCCCACCUAAUGUCAGUGCUGCUUCUUUAGACAGUGAUGCCAUGAGACCUGUCACUGUAGUUGCUCUUCCUGUGGCCCACGGGAGCACAAAGUCUCUUGGUGCAGUCUCAAAUCAUGGUGUUGCUUGUAGACUGGAUAAAGACUGCAAGAGGGAAAAGAAAAGCCUGUUGAAACUGCUGUCUAAUAAAAAGAAGCUCCGCCCAUCUCCCCCAUCCUCUCCAACAUUGGAGGCGGAGCAAACUGUUGCUUUUGACAUGCCACAGGGGGCUUUUGGAACUGAAAUGGCCCUGCCCAACUCGGCAGUCGUUGUGGUGGGAAACAAUGGCCAUGCAGGAGCCUGUCCGAUGGACUCUGAACUCUCUGCGUCCUCAUUGUCAUCAUCAAACACAGAGCCAGCAUCACAUAGGAGCAACUCCCAGGACAACACUGCUCCAAUAGCCCCACCUCCACGGCAGCCAUGCUCCUCCCUCCUCUCCAUGCAGCAUGACGGGCGGCCAAUCGUGUGUGAAAGGUACCGCGUAGUUGUGUCCUACCCUCCCCAAAGCGAAGCAGAGCUGGAACUUAAAGAGGGAGACAUUGUAUUUGUGCACAGAAAGCGAGAGGAUGGCUGGUUUAAAGGAACACUACAGAGGAACGGACGAACAGGCCUUUUCCCUGGCAGCUUUGUUGAUAGUAUCUAACUCACUUUGUGUCUAAAAACCUAACUCUUAGAUAUUAAAAUUCUCCAUCACAGAAAACGGCAACACUGAAUUUCAGCCUUGUCAAAUGCUCCGUAUUAUGUGCCGCGGUAAACAAGAUCAGUGGAAGUGUACUGCUUGUGUCAUUUGACCAAACACGUGAUCCAGCUGCUGGAAGUUGCAAAUUUUAAGGGUCAUCAGUUGCAUGGAGUUGACCAAUAACUUUUUAUUGGUUUUCAAUUACAAAAAAGGAAAACACAAAAAACAAAAAUGAAACAAGCCACAACGAAGACAAACAGUAACACACAAAAAAAGAAGAAAAAAAGAGUAGACCAGUCUAUGAAUAUACCUUAACCACUUAGACAGGUCCUGAAACAAAAACAUUUCCUGAAACACAUGGAUUCAAAGGAGUUUGUUUUAGCCGUUCGCACUAGGUGACCUUGUUCUAGCACAGUAGAUUUAUGUCUUGAUAGGAUUUGUUAAUUUAUGCAUCUGUAACAUUUCAAAGACUUUUAAUGUGUGCCUUGUACUGUCUCACUUUACUGUAUAUAAGCAAAAAAAAAAAAAAAAAGCUGAUCUGAGUCAUGAUGAGAACAAUAUGAAUUUUCUACAUCUGGAAAAAAAAACUAAUUUAACUUAUUUUCGUUUAGAAGGAAUUGCGCUUUGGAGGGAAGGUUUGUUAUGUGAGCUGAUUGGUCAAAUGCAUAUAGAACAUUUUGAACAUGAAAUCAGUGGAGUGAACCAAGAUGGUUGGCUUAUUGCCAGCCAAUUACCAAUUACUUCAUAAAAUGCUGUUCAUUGUCUGAAUCAUUGGCUGGCUGAGAAUAUUGAAGGAUUUUAUGGCCUUUUUAAGGGGUUUAUGGCUUUACAUCACUAGGUGUAAAAAGAAAGAUGAUAUGGGAUUUGAAAAUGAUUUCUGUAGUCGCAGUGCGUUAUACUGGGUGAGGGAAUAAAAGAUGGCAUAUUAUGUUAUUUUUUAAAAAGAACAAGAUUACACUCUUCAGACAUUUUAAAUCAAAUACUACUAAUAAUCUUCUUUGUGAAAACAUCUUGGUUCCAAGUGAUCUUUUUUUUUCUUUUUUUUGUGUGUGUGUGUGUGUGGGUGGGUGGGGGGUAAUAGAGAAGACCUGUGUAACAAGCUAAACAUCAGAAACAGUCACCCAUACUAAAAGCACAAAGACCCCUGUACAUUACAGUGAUGAUGUUGUUAUGCCUUUGUGCACACGUAUUUGACUAUUUUGUGUAAAUUUGUUCCCCCUCUGGUAUUUACAGCUGCUUUAUAGUUUCCUUCAGAAUGCUGUAUCAUCCCUUACAUAGAGACAAGUGACCUGUCGGCCCCUCAUGUUUUAGCUACUUAAAUUCUUCAUAGGGAUGAUGUUUCUAAAGGUUAUUCACACAAAAAUAGCUGUUAGCCUUAAUUUCAUGAAAACAAUUAUAACAAUGUUUUACCCCAUCUUCCACACAAUAAUGGUGGCAUAUAGAAAUGACUUUAUAAACAUUGGCUGUUCUGGUGAUGUCUGCUGUACUUUAGUAUUGUAUGUUAUAUCAUGUUUUAUAUACUUGAAAAUGAUGAUGUUUGUGUAUUCCUAUGCUUCAUAUAGUAGAAAUGUUUUAUUAUUAUAUUAUUAUUUUGAAAGCACAAAUUUGAUGUUUGAUGGUUGUUGUUUUAUUUUUUAGAAUUGAUAGAUUUAUAUUUCCCAUAUAUGCCCUGUUGCAAAUUUCAGUUCUUUUCUGAAAUUCAAUUCACUUUACUUUUCAUUGAUCUUGAUGCCUUUGCAACUAACACAAUGGCCUUCAUUGGUUGUAUUAAUUAAAUUUACCAAACCACUUGUUAAGAUUUUGUUUUUGAUAUUUGGUUUCCAUCUCCAAUCGUGGACAACCUUGUAACACAACUGAUGCUCCAGCUCUAAAUGAUUUAAUCCUUCAGUAGAUUGAAUCACACUAAACAACGAGCAUUUCACUGCUUGAAUCAAGCAUGUUUAGAGUUUGAACAUGUUAAAAUGAUUAAUCUCAGUCAAGAUCUCGCAUGCGAGAUGGAAUUAGUUGAGAAGUUGCAUAUAGUAAUAGAGCAGAACAAAAUAUGAUCACUGUUCAUUUCAUUUAAACUCAUUAAACGGCUUGCUAGUUGUGAGGGAAAUAAAAUAAUAACUUUUAUGAAAGACUUUUUGGGAUACCUGUUUGUGUUUUUUUCAAAUAUGUUUGAGAUCUACAACCCCACUUCUGAAAAAGUUGGGACAGUAUGGAAAAUGCUAAUAAAAUCUAGAGGUAGACCGAUAUAUCAGUCUUACCAAUUAAUCUGUGCCGAUAGUUGCUUUUUGGAACUAUUGUUAUUGGCAAAAAUCUAUGCCGAUAGUUACCGAUAGUUUUUUUUUUUUUUUUAAAUCAUUUCAUCAUUUCAAAAUAAGAAUCCCCAGUAUGUUUCGGGCUUGUAUGUACUUAAAAGUCCUGUGUUAUGCACCCAAUCAUACAUUUUUCUGGUUGUUUUGGGGAUUUUGUUUGAACAAUAAACUGCAUCUGCCCAUCAUAGUAUGGAAAGAAUAAGAAUUUUUUUUUUUUUUACAUUCUUUAAAUCUAUUUUAAAAACUAUCGGCCGAUUAAUGGGUUAUCGACCUUUCCCACCACCUUAGUUAUCAGUAGUGGCAAAAUCCACUAUCGGUCGACCUCUAAUAAAAACACAGGUAGUGAUUUGUAAAUUUGAUUAACUUGUGCUAUAUUGAAAGCACUACAACACUACAUUUUUAUAUGUUUUACCUUAUGAAAUUUAUGUUUUGGUUUUUUGAAAAUAUUCUAAUUUCAAUUCACAUUUAAGACCAUUACAUCCGAGGGAUAAAAUCAGCAACAUGCUCCAAAAAAGUUGCAAAAGUCAAGUUUACCAUUGUGUAACAUCAACAUUUCUUUUAAUAACACUUUGAAACCAUUGGACCCCCUCUAAAUUGUAUAGGCUUAGUCUUAAAGACACACCCACCUGCUGGAGAUUCCAAUCAGAGUAUGGAGAUUUAACCCAUGUCUUUUGGGGGGUGUGUUGAAAUUCAAAAGUUUUGGUUAAAGGUGCAGAGUCUGGUAUGCGAGGUGUUAGGUAUUCAGGUAUUAUUUUGCACCAGACUCUGUAUCUUGGGUGAUGGGGCGGUCAUUGACAUUGUAAGUAGGCCCAUAAAGAAUUGGGUCUUAACCAGUGUCAUGAUCACCAGGCAGAUCAUUUUGAGGGGCUGGAGGUUGGCUGGAGCACCCUCUUUUCAGGAGUGGUGCUCGGAGAUGGGAAGGGAGGCGGCCUUUGAGGAAGUUACAUUCAGAAGAACGGGGAGGUAUAAAGUGUUCAUGGAGAAAUGGAGCGGGUAUUUGUCAUUUGUGGAUGUGUGAUUGUUGUUGUUGUUUUGUUUUUUAUGUAUUUUUUUUAUGUGUAUGCAUGUGUGUCUAUGUCAUUUAAGACCACUGUUAUGUUGCUGGGGUUAGGGUGGAAUUGGAAGG